AUGGAGCAUUUGAGAGUACCAGUAGGCUUUUGGUCCCAACUGUGGAAAGGAGUCGAGCUCUGUUAUUUCUUGAUAGAGAGAUAUCUAGCAGCUGGUUAUGCUACCCUUCAGGCUUGUGAGAGUGUGACAGGACUGGCUGCAGUCGUGCGGAUGACUUACCUGACAGCUGGAUGGGUGUGUUCAUGGAAAAGAAGAAACAAUGGUUGUGCUAAAAAGGGCUGCAGCCAUGUUCAGCCUAUUUGCUGCAUGAAUUUUGCCCGAUGUGUGCCCAAGGACAAGGCCAUUAAGAAAUUCGUCAUUCCCAACAUAGUGGAGGCCGCAGCAAUCAGGGAUAUUUCUGAAGUGAGCGUCUUUGAUGCCUAUGUACUUCCCAAGCUCUAUGUGAAUGUACGUUACUGUGUCAGUUGUGCAAUUCACAGCAAAGUAGUCAGGAAUCGAUCUCGUGAAACCCGCAAGGACCGAACACUCCCACCCCGAUUUAGACCUGCAGGUGCUGCCCCACGACCCCCACCAAAACCCAUGUAAGGAGCUGAGUAAAAGAUUGAAGAUAACUAUUCUCUGGAGAAAAAUACAGUGGAAAUUGUACUUGAAAAAAAGAAUUGGUUAGCCAGCUUUGACAGGAAACAAAGUGAACUACUCCAACUGGUUGGUUAUCAGUAAAAGCUAAGGUAAACUACCUUUUCUAGACAGUACAUUUUUAGAUGAAAAGUUUUAUUCAUGAGUGAUAUCAUUGCUUCUCUGAGGAGUUCCAUUUUUGCUUUUCUACAGCUUAAAAAGGCACCAUCAUUGUCUAAAUGACAUCUUCCUUAAGUCCAGAAUUUGUGAGUUCUAGGGGAAAUGAACCACCCUUUAAAAACACCUAGUAAGUGUGAAAAAUUAUGUUAUCUCUUUUAAUAUUCUUCAUAGUUAUCUGAGGUAGAUAUUGUUACUCUCUUUUCUGUUGAGGAAACUAAAGUUUAGAAGGCUUAAAUUCACUUACUUUCAGUUUCAUAGAAAGGGUGGAUCACGAGGUCAACAGAUCGAGACCAUCUUGGUCAACAUGGUGAAACCCCGUCUCUACUAAAAUUACCAAAAAAUAGCUGGGCACGGUGGUGCGUGCCUGUAAUCCCAGCUGCUCAGGAGGCUGAGGCGGGAGAAUUGCCUGAACCCAGGAGGCAGAGAUUGCGGUGAGCCGAGAUCGUGCCAUUGCACUCCAGACUGGGUAACAAGAGUGAAACUCCAUCUCAAAAAAAAAAAAAAAAAAAAGUUAAUUGGGAGUUCAUGAUUCGAAGGCAUGCGGUAUUGGACACCAAAGCUCAGCUUUCGCUUCUUUAAUGCCUGGCCUUAAUAGAGUGGAUGACCACUUUUACCUGUUGCAGAUGAAGUUGCUAGGUAAACGACAGCAGGACUAGCUUCUGGGCCUCUUUGUCCUAUACCCUAUGUUGGUGUUACCAUAAGAAAUAUAUAUUUGAAACUGAACAUUAUAGAAGGAUUUUAAUUCUCUAGGUCUUAUAUAACUUGAAUUUUCAGAAUUGAAGAAAAAUAUGCUCAAAAAACUAUCAAAUCAGAUAUUCUUUUCAUAAUGAACACCUUUCUAAAAUCUUAUGUCUAUUUAUAGGAGAAAGGAAAUAGAUCAUUUUCCAUGACAACUUCUCUAUUUUUAAUCUACCACAAGUUCAUCAUCUUUUCUUGCCUACAGUUUAAUGAACCUCAGUUGGGAAAGAAAGGGAUAAAUAAAUCAAGAAGGUAAUUGAAGUACAUUUAUGGACUCCUUUAUUUUAUGUGAUUUGUCCAAGAAUCAAGUAAAUGACUACUUUUAAGGGCUUAAUAAGCAUUGGUACAAACCACGACUGCAAAUGCUCUCUGAUUGCAGUAAUUAACUUUGUAGUCAUGAAAGGGAACCCUUGAUCUUCCUUCAUUACUCAACACAAGUGCUCUGAAAAGAAUUAACAUGAAAGUAGCCUGUGAACACCAUCAUGUGUGAGGAAGCAAUAACAGUUAUUUCUUCUUCAGUCUGUAGAACACCAGUCAUUGUGUUGCUUGUCAAACAAUAAGCACUGUCUUGGCAUUAGCAAUUUUCCUCAGGAAAACUGCAGAACCUGAAAAAUGACCUAACUUAUAUGGCCAAAUAAAAAAGUCAAGUCUUAAGUGA